CAGUUUGUUAUUUCCUCACUUUGUAAUUUGAACUGAUUUGUGUGCUUCGAUUAUUUGCCUAGCUUGAAUCUUUUAGCAAAAAUAUAGUUUAGAAUAAAAGUUUACUUUUGAUUAUGUACGCGAGUCCUAUUGCGCUUAAUUAACUUUCUCUGAAUAUUUAUUUGCAACUAAAAACUCCAUGUUGAGGUGCUCUGUUUGUUGCUGUGCAUAUUUGUUAGUGGUUAAUAUAAAUCCAAUAUUUUUUUCGGUGAUAUUGUACAUUUAAAAAAAAAAGUGUGUAACGACUUAUAUAAAAAUUCAAAUGAUAAUAGUUAAUGUGUUAUCGAUGAGCGAUCUUGGCGUUUGUGUCCGAACUUGUCGGAAUGAUGUUGAUUAUCAGUGCCUUAAUAACUGGGAUGGUGACCGGUCUUCAGAACAUUACGACCGAGUCUCCAUCGAUGAUCAGUGACAUCACAACAUCAUUGAAUACGAAGGAUAAAGUUCCAGAAAUGGGGCUGGUUGAACCCACUAAGCUAUCUCUACCCACUAGUGACAUGGUGAAUGUCAGUAUUCACGACCAGCCGUCUAUGUGGGAUUUGUACUUGCACCACUGUUCCAAGUGGAGGCCAAUAAAUCACAUAUUUUUCCAAGUGGCGAAUAUAUUCUUUCUUAUGUCAUUCCUGGCACCUCAUACAGACAUUGGGCAAAUAUGGCUUCGGGUGGGCCUGAUGAUGGGGUGCGCGUUUUCAGGAAUGUGGGCAUGGAGUGUUGAAUGUUACUUGGAUGCAGUGCUAUGGAACAGUGUAUUUAUAUUGAUAAACUUUGUGUAUUUCUCUUACCAGUUUUAUUUAAUGAGACCAAUUAAGUUCCACAAGGAGAUUGAAGAGGUGUACUUAGCGUUGUUCAAACCACUACGGGUAUCAAGGAGACAGUUCCGCCGAGUGCUCAUGUGCAUGAGAAAUGUGAGGCACCUCAAGUGUCACGAACUCUAUGCACAUGAGAAGGUUACUAAAGUUGACAGCCUUUCGUUGGUGCUUUCGGGCAAGCUUGUGGUGUCACAGAAUCAGCGAGCUCUCCAUAUAGUGUUUCCUCAUCAUUUCUUGGACUCUCCCGAGUGGUUCGGCGUUUCGACUGACGAUUAUUUUCAGGUGUCUAUAAUGGCGAUGGAAGAGUCUAGGGUGCUGGUCUGGCAUAGAGAUAAGCUGAAACUAUCAAUAAUGUCGGACGCUUUCCUGCAAGCGGUCUUCGAUCAUAUCCUCGGACGGGACGUGGUCCACAAAUUGAUGCAGGUAAGCGAAACGAUGGCAGUCAGCAACGGUCACCUCCCUAACAGCUAUGAAGAGGGAGAGGACAAGCCGAUGCUGGUCGUGAAGAAAGCUGGCGAUGGACCUGGAAUCACCGCGAUACUCAACAGGCAGCUUCAAGGAGCAUCAUUCAUCCUGUACAACUGUGCGAGACUCGAGACAAUUAUAAGGACAUACAAUGAGAGAGUCAGUGAAGGGACAUACCCAAGUCUGCCAGAUUUCAACGAAACUGAUUUUACUUUACUCACACAUGAGGACGAAUGGUAUCUUAUCUUCAAUUUUAUAUUGGGUCUUCCUUCACUCCUGAGCAGUUGUGUAGACUUAGAAGGUUCCAAAUGUGAAUUCAAGCCACAUCAGAUCUGCAGUUUUCUAUGCUCUAUGGUUAGAGUAUUCAGCCAGUACUACAGAAAAAUUCGGAUAUUAACGGUAAGUGCAGUCGCUCCGUGUGUACUAGGCGAGCUCGAGCUUUUUGCGACGCAAUACAACAUUAUUGAUACACGGUAUGUUACGUUUGUAAAUAUUGUAUAAUGCACUUUGUUUUGGGACGUACUCGAAUCUUAGCGAGUCGAAGAUUUUAUGUUUAGUUUUUGGAACGAAAUUCCUUAUGGGACGAUGCGGAGGGGUACUCUAACCGGGAAAAAACGUCCGUAACGUAAGAUUUUUAUUAUUUAUGUAUAGUCUUAGUAUAAUGGCUAUACAGUGUAUAAUCUAUAGUCUACCUGAUGACGGUUUUUUAUAAUAGAACAUAAUUAGGCUUAAUUAGUAUCAUUCAUAUAAAUUGUUUCUUUCUAAAUAGUUUCUUUGUAUAUUAUUAUUAUAUUUUUUUUAUAAAUCAUUGUGAAUAAAAUAAAGUUGAUAACUUUGUAAA